UCAGCGCCCGCGAGCCCAUUCAUCUGUGCACUUGGGCGUUGGACCCCGCAUCUUAUUAGCAACCAGGGAGAUUUCUCCAUUUUCCUCUUGUCUACAGUGCGGCUACAAAUCUGGGAUUUUUUUAUUACUUUUUUUUUAAAAAAAAGACUACACUUGGGCUCCUUUUUUUGUGCUCGACUUUUCCACCCUUUUUCCCUCCCUCCUGGGCUGCUGAUUUUUUUUUUUAUCUCUUCGACUAAAAUUUUUUUAUCCGGAGUGUAUUUAACCGGUUCUGUUCUGUCCUCUUCGCCACCCCCACUCCCCCCUCCCUUCGGUGUGUGUGUGCUGCUGCCGCUGCCGCCGCUGCCGCUGCCGCCGCCGCUGCUGCUGCUCGCCCCGUCGUUCCACCAACCGAGGCUCUUUGUUUCCCCCCUUGGAUCUGUUGAGUUUCUUUGUUGAAGAAGCCAGCAUGGGUGCCCAGUUCUCCAAGACCGCUGCGAAGGGAGACGCCGCCGCGGAGAGGCCCGGGGAGGCGGCCGUGGCCUCGUCGCCUUCCAAAGCGAACGGGCAGGAGAAUGGCCACGUGAAGGUAAACGGCGACGCUUCUCCCGCGGCCGCCGAGCCGGGCGCCAAGGAGGAGCUGCAGGCCAAUGGCAGCGCCCCGGCCGCCGACAAGGAGGAGCCCGCGGCCGCCGGGAGCGGGGCGGCGUCGCCCGCAGCGGCCGAGAAAGAGGAGCCCGCGGCCGCCGACGCUGGGGCCGGGGCCGCCGCCAGCCCCGCCGAGAAGGAGGCGCCCGCGGAGGGCGAGGCCGCCGAACCCGGCUCGCCCACGGCCGCCGAGGGGGAGGCCGCGUCCGCCGCCUCCUCGACGUCGUCGCCCAAAGCCGAGGACGGCGCCACGCCCUCGCCGAGCGGCGAGACCCCGAAAAAAAAAAAGAAGCGCUUCUCCUUCAAGAAGUCGUUCAAGCUGAGCGGCUUCUCGUUCAAGAAGAACAAGAAGGAGGCCGGCGACGGCGGUGAGGCCGAGGGCGCGGCCGGCGCGGCCGCCGACGGCAGCAGCAAGGACGAGGCCGCGGCGGGAGGAGCGGGCGAGGCGGCGUCCGGGGAGCCGUCGGCGGCCGGCGGCGCGGGCGACGAGGCGGCCGGCGGCGCGGGCGACGACGGGGCCGCGGGGGGCGACCCGCAGGAGGCCAAGGCCGACGGGGAGGCGGCGGCCGUCGCGCCCGAGAAGCCGCCGAGCAGCGAGGAGGCCAAGGCCCUCGCCGAGGAGCCCGCCAAGGCCGAGGAGAAGGCCGACGAGGCCGGGGCCAGCGCAGCCGCCUGCGAGGCGCCCGCCGCCGCCGCCGCCGCCGCCGCCGCCGCGGGGCCCAGCGCGCCCCCGGAGCAGGAGGCCGCCGCCCCCGCCGCCGCCGACGAGGCCGCACCCGCCUCCGCGUCCCCCAACUGCGUGGCCGCGUCGCAGGAGGCGCAGCCCGAGAGCAGUCCAGAAGCCCCCCCUGCCGAGGCGGCCGAGUAAGCGCCCGGGUGCGGUCCGAUAACCCGAGAACUUUUCUCCCCCACCCCCACCUCCCCCCUGUUUGUUUGUUGGAGUGGUGCCAGGUACUGGUUUUGGAGAACUUGUCUACAACCAGGGAUUGAUUUUAAAGAUGUCUUUUUUUUUUUAAUUAUUUUCCUUUUUUUUUUUUUAAGCAGCA